UUUGGAAAAAGAAAAAAAAAAAUAAACGCGUAAGAUCUAGUGAAUGUGGUCAUAGAGAUGAUUGGUCACCUAAUCAAAUAUUUUCUCCCUAAAAAAAGAAGUAACAAUAAUUUUUCUCACAAUUUCCUCGAAGAAGAAGAAGAAGAAAGAAAACUUUUUUAAAAAUGUCAAAAUCUCAGAAAACUAAGAAACCAAUCACAUUCGUCCAUAUAUUUUUUUUUCCCUCUUUGCGUUUUUUGUUUUUCUUCAUCCCCAUCACUACUCUUCAGAUUCCGGGAAUAAAGAAAAGGGAGAUAGAAAGUUUCAAUCUUUUUGUUAGGCGGAGAUGGUUACGCCGAACUGGGAACUUCAGGGUUGUUGUAACCGGAAUCAAAACACUUUCCUCAUCACCAUCGGAAUCUUCACCGUCGUUAUCCUCUUGCUAUGGAGGACGUUUCUGUUGACUCCAUUUAAACUCAUUACGGUGUUUUUGCACGAAGCGAGUCAUGCUGUUGCUUGCAAGCUUACUUGUGGAGAUGUGGAGGGGAUGGAGGUGAAUGCAAAUGAAGGGGGUUCGACAACAACACGUGGUGGCAUUUAUUGGCUGAUCUUACCUGCUGGCUAUCUUGGGUCAUCAUUUUGGGGAAUGGCUUUGAUUCUUGCAUCUACCAAUCUGCUUACAGCAAGAAUAGCUGCUGCUGGUCUGGGUCUUGCUUUAUUCAUCGUCCUCUUCAUUGCCAAAAACUGGACGCUUCGAGGUCUUUGUAUAGGUGUUUUCCUCGGUGUCAUCUGGGUUCUACAAGAGUUAACUACAGUCAAAAUUCUCCGUUAUGUCAUUCUCUUCAUUGGUGUGAUGAAUAGCUUAUUCUCAGUUUACGAUAUCUAUGACGAUUUGAUAUCUCGGAGGGUCCAUUCGAGCGAUGCUGAGAAGUUUGCAGAGAUCUGUCCUUGCUGUACUGGUUGUGGCUGGGGUGUCAUCUGGGGAAUGAUAUCUUUUGCGUUUCUUUGUGCAUCGCUCUAUCUCGGCCUAGUGAUCUUAUCGUAAAAAACAGUAUUCUUUUAUGAAUCUGUUGGUGUCUCUCACUCUCUCAGGUUCAGAUUCUUCCCAGUGACAACAGUUUGGUAAAAAGCUUGAUUCUUUAGAUCCCUUGAUGUGUUUGGGAUUUACAUUUGAUUGAAACUGUAGGGUUUAUUUGAGAGUUUGUAUUCUUUGUUGAAUAGGAUUCAUUAGAAAUUUGAUUUGGUCUGUGUUUAUGUUUGUAUUGAAACUUCGUUGACUUCUUCAACAGAGGAAAAAAAAGUCCGUUGACUUUGGUUAAACU